GGAUCUGGGAGCGGAGGGAUACCGUGUUUCGCCACGGAGCUGAAGAUCGACUGUUUACGGGUGGAGACUGCAAGGAAUUUAAAUCCCCCCCGGGUUGUUACGCUACACGUUAAAGACGAAAUAACAGUGGUAGUUGAUGCGUUUCUUUGGAUUAUUCAGUUCAGUUUAAUGUAGUACAUGUGAGCUCGAUAGGCCGUCGGUGUUAGAGUUUUCCAGGGGGUUGUUUUCGCUGUCAGUGGAUGGCCAUGGCGGUGGAGACGCGACCGGAGCUGGUUGGGAAGCGGUUCCUGUGUGUCGGUGGAGACGAGCCGCUGGAUCUCCGGGAUAUCGGCCGCUGGGGCUGGCGAGCUGGGGUCAUCCGAGCCGUUACUCACCGGGACAACAACCAUUCAGAGUUGACGGUGUAUGUGGAGUUUGAUGACCUGGAGUGGGAGAAGCGUGAGUGGGUGAAAGUGUAUGAGGACUUCCAGGUGUUCCUGCUGGAGCAGCAGCUGGUAUGGGCCAAGAGGAGAGAGGGCACCCUGCUGGUGGAGAACCCCCAGGGUACUAAAGACAAGCACAUCCAGUGGCCAGCUCUGACGUUCAGACCUCUGGUGGGGAAGGCUACUCUGGGUUCCAUCACGGCUGUAGAGUUCUUCUCUGACAGACAACUGGACUUCCUGUCUGACCACGGAGCAUACCAGCCCUACCAGGAGGAAGUGGAUAGUUUGAGUCCUGUUCUCAGGGACAACCCUCAGCUUCAUGAAGAGGUCAGGUUCUGGCUCAAAGAUCAAAAGGUUCAGGACAUUUUUUUGCAAGGUCCGUAUUCAUUAAAUGGUUACCGAGUUCGUGUUUACAGACAAGACUCGGCCACUCAGUGGUUCACAGGGAUCAUCACACAUCAUGACCUCUUCAGCCGUAAUAUGGUUGUGAUGAAUGACCAGGUUCUAGAGCCCCAGAAUGUUGACCCCUCUAUGAUCCAGAUGACCUUUCUGGACGAUGUGGUCCACUCUCUGCUGAAAGGAGAGAACAUUGGUAUCCAGUCCCGACGCAGGUCCCGUUCCAACCAGAACAACUCUGCCCACGGUCACUACACCCGCGCCCAAGCCAACAGCCCCAGACCAGUCAUGAACUCCUCUGGUGGGGCGGUGAAGCAGGGGUCAGGGGUCACCACCCAGCAGGGUCAAGGUCAGGGCGGGUCCCAGAGCCAGCAGGCCCCAGCGCAGCACUCCCCUUGCCAGGAACAGACGCAGCACCGCGGACCUGGCUUCUCCAGGAGGAAGGGAUCUGACAGCAGUGUCCCUGAUGAUGACUUCAAGGGAGACAACGUGGACUGUAACGAGAGAGCAGGGAGAGGAGGUGAGGAUGAUGGUGAAGAUAGAACAAGAGACUUCUUUAAAAGUACGAGCAGCAAGCAGGUGGCUGUGAACAAGCGGAGGAAAGCGGAGGAGGAAGAGGAGAAGAAAUCAGGUUUGAAAAGACUGAGAAACGAGACUACAGUGAGGUCUGACUUCUCUGAGAGCAGUGACUCUGAGAUGUCUACCAAGAGAACCAGGACGGCAGACUCCUCCUCUUCCUCAGAGCAGAACUCAGAGGAGGAGCUAAAAGGAGAGACCGGCCAGGAGGGGCACAAGACCCAGGGUUCUAAGACUGGGAAGGAGUCUGCUCUGACAGGCAGUCUCUCCCCCUGGGGUGAGGAGCUUCAGAAGGCGGAGUUUCAGCAGUCAUCAGCCGACAGGGAGCAGAGGUCAUCCCUGCGACAACCUCAACGACAGGGAGAACGGUCUCCACUGCAACAGCAGCAGGCCCCUCCCCUGUCCUCCUCCUCCCAGGGCUCUGCCCCCUCUGAGGGCCAAGGGGAGUGCAUCAUGGAGAACAACAGCACUAUGAAAUCCCAGACCCAUCCCCAGUCCAAGGACCAGUACACCAGCGCUGAGGUGGUCUCCAGGACCCAGACUCCCUCUCAGUAUAUAAUCGACAUCACAGCAGAGGACGCUAACGCACACAUGGCCUCCCGGGAGAACUCUGAGGCCGUCUCGGCCCUGCUGGCCUCCCAGAAUCCAUCUGAGCCCUCCUACCUCUCUGAGCCCAGCAGACAUUUGGUGCUGAACCCCUCUGUGGCCCCUCCCUCUCCCCUUCGGAAGAGCCCCUCGGAGUGUGACCUUAGGAACCAGACUCCCUCAGUGUCAGAGUGUGACCUUAGGAACCAGAUUCCCUUAGUGUCAGAGUGUGACCUUAGGAACCAGACUCCCUUAGUGUUAGAGUGUGACCUUAGGAACCAGACUCCCUUAGUGUUAGAGUGUGACCUUAGGAACCAGACUCCCUCAGUGUCAGAGUGUGACCUUAGGAACCAGACUCCCUCAGUGUCAGAGUGUGACCUUAGGAACCAGACUCCCUCAGUGUCAGAGUGUGACCUUAGGAACCAGACUCCCUCAGUGUCAGAGUGUGACCUUAGGAACCAGACUCCCUCAGUGUCAGAGUGUGACCUUAGGAACCAGACUCCCUCAGUGUCAGAGUGUGACCUUAGGAACCAGACUCCCUCAGUGUGUAGGAAGCCGGAGGUAAAGCAUGACAUAGCUGGCAGCCUGGGCAGUAAGAUGGGGUUAGUCCAUUCAGCGGUGAUCAGACCUAUAGCAUCAGUCAGUGAGUCUGCUGCUGUAGUAGAGAGAGAGAAGCAGCUAUAUUCCUCCAUGCUGCCCUGCAUUAAGAACGCCUCAUUGGCCGACGAGGCCAGGAAGUCGUACAAGCUAAGCCCCUCCCCUGAUGUCCCCAAGCCCCUCCCCUCCCCAGAGGCCCUGAAGCCAAAGCCCCUCUGCUCCCCUGACAUCGUCAAGUCUAAAACACAGAGUGUUCUGGAGACUUGUUCUAAACCCAAACCCCUCACCUCCCCAGAGGUGUCCAAGCAUAAAGGCCGUUACCCGGACAACACCCCUCGCUCCAGCUUUAAGCCCGUCCUGGCCCGAGGGACUGAGUCGCCAGGAUCUUGCACUAAGAGUCCGCUAAUCAUCGAUAAGAACGAGCAUUUCACCGUGUACCGGGACCCUGCGCUUGUCCGUCCCAACCAGGAGACCAACCACGUGUCCUAUCUGCACCCCCAGCUCCACCCCCUCCAUGCCUCCUGCCUCACCCCCUCUUCCACUCACCACCUCCUCUCCGGGGUGCUCUCUGGCCUGCCUCCAGGCCCCUUGCUGGGGGGUCAUCCCCGACUAGACUCCUCGGGGCUGGGGCACCUGGGACUAGCUCAUCACCACCCUGUCUCUCAGCCCCAGACACACAGCCACACCUCAGCCUCAUACAACCAGCUGGGGCUGUAUCCAAUCAUCUGGCAGUACCCCAAUGAGACCCACUCCUAUCCCCCAAGACUCAACCUGCCCGGGUCCAAGUGGGUGCACCCUGAAAACCCUGUCAGUUCUGAGACCAACAUGAGGAGGAACACGGCCAGCCCUUGGCUACACCACCAGGUCCCUGUCUCCUCCUCUGACAGCCUGGACCAACUGAGCCACGUCCCGGUCCCCAUCCGACCAGCCAGCGCCGACCCUCACCGGUCCGACCCCCAUCCCCACCGUUCAGAACCACACCGCUCGGACCCCCACCGGCUCAUCAAGAUCAACCCCCACGCCAGCCCCCCUCUGCCACCGGCCAAGACCGCUGGAGAUCUUCACAGGGAGGAUUUGAAGGGUUUUGUGGAUCCCAUCAGAACCAUCACUCUGGCCCACCUGAAGCAGGAGCAGGACCGCAGCAGAACCCCGACCGGGAAGGACAGUCACCUGCACCAGCUCUACCUGGAGGCCUGUAAUAAACAACAGCAGCAGAGGAUGGCCCAGCAGCAACAACAGGAAGCAGGGCAGAGGGACCGGGCCAGUAAGUAUAAGGAGGAGAACAGACGGAUCCUCCAGGAGAGCAUUGAGGUGGCCCCCUUCACCGCUAAGAUCCGCUCCAGUGAGACCGACAGGGAGCCUAACCCCUACCCCCGGAUCCCCUCGCUCCCCUCCCUGCCCCACCCCUACCCCCGGAUCCCCUCGCUCCCCUCCCUGCCCCACCCCCAGCGCCCCCACCAGGAGAAGGAAACGGAGCCCCCUGCUGUAGACCUGUAUCAGUUUAAACAGCAGUCCCAGCACAGUCUCCCCCCCAGUAACUACUUCACUACCCUGUCCAACAGUGUGGUCAACGAGCCACCGCGUCUCUACCCCUCUAAAGAGCUCAACUCAUACUUUGACAAGGUGAGCAGGGAGCAGGAGUCUGCAGCAGCCUCUAGUCUCUCUCUGGGAGGAGGGGCAGCGUUCAGCUCCAAGUCCCUGUCCAAACCCCCUCCUCUCAUCAAACACCAGGCUGAUGGGGAGGGUCUGCUAGGGAAGAUAUCAGAGCAGCUGAACCAGCAGGUAAGCCUAUCCAACAUGCAGAGGUAUCGUCUCAGUACCAUAGUCAGCCCUGUUAGUCCAGACCUCUCGCCUUCCUCCAGUCAGAGCCAGACCCGAACCCACUGUCAGACCCAGAGCCAGACCCAGAGUCAGACCCGAACCCACUGUCAGACCCAGAGCCAGACCCGAACCCACUGUCAGACCCAAGCCCAACUAAGGUGUAUGCCAGCACUGCACCGUGCCCCCGUGUUCCACCCUCCUAUCCAGCAGACACUGGACAGGAAGGAGGUGGGCUACGGCCGUUUGUCUCCACCCACCCUGACCCCCAUCCAGCCAGUCAGCUCGGCCAUUAAGGUGUCUGAGCAACAGAAACCGCCCACCCUUCUGCCCGAGCUACGGGAGGUCAGCGCCGUGUGUAAGGGCGGGGCAGCGAUGAACUCAUCCGAGGUGUGGCGAGCCGGCGACUCUCAGAGCCACGACAAGCUGGGAUGGCAUUCUGAGAGGAGCCCCGGCAGGAAGCCUGGGGCCACCACGGCGUCUGUUAUCGUCCGUCCCUCUACGUGUAUAAAGUACGACGGCUCGCCAGGCGCCAAGACCUCUUCCUCGGCCAAGGACUCUCUGACGGGGAGGAUGUUCCCAGGCGGCAGGCCUCAGACAGUCUGUCUGAAACUGGCCUAUGAGAGAGACAGGGAGUCUGGAGGGAAGGUGAUCCUGCCAAACACUAACUUGGAGGAGGCUGUUUGCGUGCAGCAGUACAAUAACAACUUUAUGAGAGUGUCCCAGUCUCAGGGAACCUUUCCAGUCUCCGUCUCGGCUGCUGCCAACUCUGUGUGCAAUAGGAGUAGUGAUGUGACUAGGGCAGUCUCCAACAUGGCUCCCUACGGUGGGCUGAGUAGAAGACAAGAGAGAACCUACUGUGGGCCCAACACCUCCAGCGCUAGCAGGACAGAGAGCUGUGGCCCUCGGGGCAGGGCCUUCCACUCAGGGCCUGGGUUAGAACCAAGGGCCGAGCUCCAGCAACAGGAGGGGAGCUCCUCCAGAACCUCAUCCCCCAACCUGCACCCCGGGCCCAGCCUGGCCAGCAGCACCCAGGCCUCUCCCAACCCCAGCCAGUCCUACUAUGGGAGCUUUAUCCAUCUGAAGAAGCACAAGGCAGCGUUGGCAGCAGCCCAGCAAUCCAGAGGUCCUAGCAGCAGCUCCAGUGGUAGUGGUCCCGAGAGCCUGAUUGAGCCAUCUAACAGUAAAGCUCUUCACAUCUCCCCUCCACCUCCCCUUGCCUCGGCCUCAGUCCAGAACCACAGAACCACAGCAAGCCCAGGACCAUAUCAAGCAGGAGCUAGCCCCAGCCCUGGCCCCCUCCCCAAUGGCCAGCCAGCCCAGAUGAACCAGAGCCAGUCUCAACCCAACUACCACAAGCUGAAGAAGGCCUGGCUCACCAGACACUCAGAGGAGGACAGGAACAUAAACACUAUGAUGAAAACAGAGGAGGCUGAUAAGUCUGUUACCACCACUGUGAGCCCCUCUGUGUCCAAGUCUGUUACCACCACUGUGAGCCCCUCUGUGUCCAAGUCUGUUACCACCACUGUGAGCCCCUCUGUGUCCAAGUCUGUUACCACCACUGUGAGCCCCUCUGUGUCCAAGGCUGUUACCACCACUGUGAGCCCCUCUGUGUCCAAGGCUGUUACCACCACUGUGAGCCCCUCUGUGUCCAAGUCUGUUACCACCACUGUGAGCCCCUCUGUGUCCAAGUCUGUUACCACCACUGUGAGCCCCUCUGUGUCGAAGGCUGUUACCACCACUGUGAGCCCCUCUGUGUCGAAGGCUGUUACCACCACUGUGAGCCCCUCUGUGUCGAAGGCUGUUACCACCACUGUGAGCCCCUCUGUGUCGAAGGCUGUUACCACCACUGUGAGCCCCUCUGUGUCGAAGGUUGUUACCACCACUGUGAGCCCCUCUGUGUCCAUGUCUGUUACCACCACUGUGAGCCCCUCUGUGUCAAAGGCUGUUACCACCACUGUGAGCCCCUCUGUGUCGAAGGCUGUUACCACCACUGUGAGCCCCUCUGUGUCGAAGGCUGUGAGCCCCUCUGUGUCUGAGAUGGAGAUGAUCAAGCCUUGCACCGUCACUCUGAUUGCCUCUACCUCCAGUGAUGUGGAGAUGAAGAUAGAAGAGGUCAAAGGUCAGGAGGACAAGAUGGCCGCUGAGGACAGGAAUACGCGGCGUGGGAGCAAGAGGGUGUACGACCACGACUCGGCCUCAGAGAGCGGAGAGGACUCUGACGCCAGCGAGAGCAGCAAGCAGGAGCAGAGGGCGAAGAGGCAGCCCAAACCCACCUACAAGAAGAAACAGAACGACAUGCGCAGGAGGAGAGGAGACGGAGAGAAAGAUGAGGAUGAGCUGAAACCCAACGGGAUCUUUAGGAGCGCCAGGGAGAAGACCAAGCUGAAACUGUCCAGCAACAAUGGUAUCCCCCGCUCUGUGCUGAAGGACUGGAGGAAGGUGAAGAAGCUGAAGCAGACGGGGGAGUCGUUCCUGCAGGAUGACUCGUGCUCCGAGAUUGGACCCAACCUGCAGAAGUGUCGGGAGUGUCGUGUUGUUCGCAGCAAGAAGGGGGAGCAGCCGGCUCAUUCCCCUGUCUUCUGCCGCUUCUACUACUUCCGCCGCCUGUCCUACAGUAAGAAUGGAGUGAUCCGUGUGGACGGCUUCUCCACUCCAGAUCAGUUUGAUGAGGAGGCUCUGUCCCUCUGGGCUCCUGAUGUAUACGAGGAGAAUGAGUUGGACCCAGACUCCUCCAAGUACAUCCUCUCAUAUAUAGGAGACCAGUUCUGUCAGAUGGUCACCACUGAGAACACUGCUGCUACAUGGAUCAAAAAAGAUGCCAAGAUGGCCUGGAAGAGGGCUGUGAGAGGGGUCCGGGAGAUGUGUGACGCGUGUGAAGCCACCUUGUUUAAUAUUCACUGGGUCUGCCACAAAUGUGGCUUCGUGGUUUGUCUGGACUGUUACAAGGCAAAGGAGAGGAAGACCUCCAAAGACAAAGAGCUGUACGCCUGGCUGAAGUGUGUCAAGGGACAGCAGCAUGGUCACAAGUACUUGAUGCCAACACAGAUUAUCCCAGGAACUGUUCUGACAGAGGUGGUGAGCGCCAUGCAUCUGUUCAGGGAGAAGUACAGCAUCAGGUCUCCCUGUGUCUGUACUGGGAAACACAACCCUCUACUCAGCAAGCUGCCUGCUACCAACGGAGUCUCUCAGGUUCUCCAGAACGUGUUAAACCACAGCAACAAGAUCUCUCUAUGUAACGUGAAGACAGAGACUGGGCAGCUGAACCCCAUCCAGGGUAAAGCUGAGACUAACGGAGGCUCCAGCCCUGCCUCGGACACCUCCUCUGACUCCAAACUGACUCCCCCGGAGUCCCAGAGUCCUCUCCACUUCCUGGCUGACCUGACUGAACAGAAGUCACAGGAAGACAAGAAAGAAAACAAGGAGUCUCCUCUGGGUAAGGUGGGCAAGGAGGAGAAGGUCAGUAGCCUGGAGUCUCUCCACUGUAAAGCGUCUAGCCUGGUGUCUAACAUCACAGAACAGGGCUCUACUCUAAGAGACCUCCUGACGACCACCGCUGGUAAACUACGUCUGGGCUCUACUGAUGCUGGCAUGGCCUUCGCUCCUGUAUACUCCACCGCAGCACAGAUGGGGAAGAGCGGCCGUAGCAUGCCCAACAUCCUGGAUGACAUCAUCGCGUCCGUGGUGGAGAACAAAAUCCCUGCCAGCCGAGGAGCCAAGCUGAGUCUGAAGCUGGAGGCCACCACCACCACUACAGAGGACAGGGAGGUGAAGACGGAGAGGAUCGAGAGGAAGAAGCAGCCUGGGACUGGGACAGGUCCUAACCCUGGGUCUGGGACAGGUCCUAACCCUGGGUCUGGGACAGGUCCUAACCCUGGGACAGGUCCUAACCCUGGGACUGGGACAGGUCCUAACCCUGGGACAGGUCCUAACCCUGGGACUGGGACAGGUUCUAACCCUGGGACUGGGACAGGUCCUAACCCUGGGACUGGGACAGGUCCUAACCCUGGGGCGGGGACAGGUCCUAAGCCUGGGACGGGGACAGAAGAGCUUCCUGAACCCAAGCCUCAGCUAGAGAAGGCCCUGCAGCUCCAUGCUGACAUCCCCCACUGCUGGUUGUAUGAUCGCAGACUGCUCUGGCUGAAAGACCAUCGACACCCUGGCAACUGGAAGCUGUUCAGAGAGUGUUGGAGACAGGGACAGCCUGUCCUGGUGACUGGGCUCCAUAAGCCUCUGAAUGCAGCUCUGUGGAAGGCGGACAGCUUCAACCUGGAGUUUGCUGACCAUCAGGGAGACCUGCUGAACUGUAAAGAUGGACUUGUCUCGAACUCUGGAAUCAACGAGUUCUGGGACGGCUUCGAGGACCUCACCAAGAGACCCAAGUCUAAAGACGGAGACACCGUGGUGUACAGGCUGAAGGACUGGCCAUCAGGAGAGGAGUUCAUGGCCCUGAUGCCUUCCAGGUAUGAUGACCUGAUGAGGAAUCUGCCCCUGCCUGAGUAUUGUGACCCUGAAGGGAACCUCAACCUGGCCUCUCAUCUGCCCAGCUUCUUCGUACGCCCAGACCUCGGACCACGCCUCUGCUGUGCUUAUGGAGUGGCAGCGUCUCAGGAGCAGGACUUUGGGACAGCCAACCUUCACAGGGAGGUCUCUGACAUCGUCUCUGUCCUGGUGUACGUAGGAGUGGCCAAGGGGAACGGAGUCCUGUCCAAGACGGGAGUGUUGAAGAGACUGGAGGAGGAAGACUUGGACGACAGCGUGAAGAAGAGAUUAAAGGAUUCCAGCGAGACGCCUGGAGCCUUGUGGCACAUCUACAUUAGCAAAGAUGUGGAGAAAAUUAAAGACUUUCUGCACAAGCAGGUUGCUAAGGAGCAGGGGGCGGAGAUUUCAGCAGAGCACGACCCAAUCAGAGAGCCGGGCUGGUACCUGAGCAGGAAGAUGCGUCAGCGUCUGUGGGAGGAGCAUGAUGUGCAGGGCUUGACCGUGGUUCAGUUCCUGGGGGACUCUGUCCUCAUCCCGGCCGGGGCGCUGCACCAGGUACCUCUGGUGCAGAACCUUCACAGUUGUGUCCAGGUGAUAAAUGACUUUGUGUCUCCAGAGCAUGUAUUCCACUCCUUCCACCUGACACAGGAACUGAGAUCCUCCAGAGAAGAGCCCAACUACGAAGAUAAACUACAGGUAAAGAACAUCUUGUUCCACUCUGUGAAGGAUGCAUUGACGUCGCUGAGGAGGUACAGCCAGGAGGAGGAAGAGAACUCCUGACCCGUAGUCCCCCUGGCGCCUCCCUCUGUGGCUCCUCCCUCUCUGGCUCCUCCCUCUCUGGCUCCUCCCUCUCUGGCUCCUCCCUCUCUGGCGCCUCCUUCUCUGAGACAUCUUCCUUCAGCCUGGAACAGAUAUAUACACACUGACACUAACCACAACAGCAGAACACACUACAUGUUACUGACCAGCAUCACUACCCAGCAUCAGGAUACUGACCACAGCAGCAUCGCUACCACAGCAUCAGGAUACUUACCAUAGCUGCAUCACUACCCAGCAUCAGGAUACUGACCACAGCAGCAUCACCACCCAGCAUCAGGAUACUGACCACAGCAGCAUCACCACCCAGCAUCAGGAUACUGACCACAGCAUCAGGAUACUGACCAUAGCAGCAUCACUACCCAGCAUCAGGAUACUGACCCUACCCGCAUCACUACCCAGCAUCAGGAUACUAACCACAGCAGCAUCACCACCCAGCAUCAGGAGAACUGAGUUCAGUAGAAUCAAUCUGGACUGCUGUUCUGGAACCUUCUGUUCUCUGUUUGUUCCUGUUUUCCUUUUGUUUGUUUAGUUCAUUUCUUUCUUUCAAACUGUUGUAUAUUGUUUCUGUGAAAAUUAUGUAUUUAUUUUAUAGGAGUUGUAAAUGCGAUGAUGUUCUAGAUCAAAUGUAAAUGUGACUUGUACAGUUUGCUAAAUGAUGAGUUGUGAGACGGAUGCCGUUUCCUACAUUGAGACAGUUACUGUGAGAGGAAACAGACUUCAGCUGUCGCCGAGAACUCUGGGAGUCGCUGCUGAAUUCGUCCUCAUGCCAUAUCUUUUAAAAACAAACUGCCAAACUAUUCUAUUGUAUGAAACCGUGUACAGUUGUAUUAUGUAAAAAAAAAAGACUAAAUGAAUAAUACACUUCAGCAUUUUAUUAAGAAGUAUUCACUGUAAAAUGGAGACAUUUACACACAAAAAAUAAUUUAUUCAAAUUUUGAAGUUUAAACGAAAACAAUUGUGUAAAUAUAUACAUAUUCACUGAUGUAUUUUUUAAAACAUGGCUUGCUUCAAUUUGUAAUUUUAAAAGUGCAAGUGUUAUAUGCUUUGUACAUUGAAGUUCAAAGGGGUUUUACAUUUUCCAUUAAAAUGGAUUCAUCAAAG